GCGCCGUCUGCAGUGCGUCAGCCGGCCGGCGCUCAGCGACAGGCUUGGACACGAUGAGGCUGGCCCUGGCAGUGCUGCUGCUGGUCGGCACCAGCUCGGCCCAGCUGCUGUUCUCUCUGCGGCGUCUGGGCGUGCCACUCCCGCUGGUCCACCAGCCGAGCCUGACGCUGGUGCACGCCACCCAGCCGGCCGACGCCGCCGCGCCUGACUUCAAACAACAAGUGGAGGAGCGCAACGCAGAGUGCUACCAGCAAUGCAGCACAGAGUUCGAGACGGCGGCCGGCUCGGCGGCCGCCUGCGAGCGAGGAUGCCGUCUGUUCGCGCUGGCCGAGGCCACCGAGCCCAAACUGGCCGCCGGAGAGCACAGGGACAAGUGCACCAAAGACUGUGAGACGGCCUACCCGAUACUGGUGGAGCAGCACUCGUGCCAGAGCGGAUGCCGCCACCAGCGUCCCAAAGAGCAGGACGAGGAGGGCGCGCCGGUGGUGAUGUCGGUGGUGCGCAAGUUCACGUACGACACGGACGACGGUCAGGAGGUACGCCGCUCGCAGUCGUCCGUGCUGGUGCACGACGGCGACAAGAUGCGCGUCAUCGAGGGCCCGGCCCAGGUCAUCAUCUCCAGACACGGCGAGGGCGGUGACUCGCCCAGCCCGUUCCCGCGCGCCCUGGAUGACAUGGUGCAGCGGAUGCGCGAGACAAUGCAGCGCAUGAUGCUGCGCAUGCGCGGCGCGGAGGAGCCGGAGCUGGAUCACCAGGCCGCCGAGAACCGCCAGGCGGUGCGCGUCGAGGUGUCACCGGGCCUGCGUGCGGCGCCCAGCGGCUGGCGUCGCGUCUGGCGCUGCACGCCCCACUACGUGAUGCUGGCCGUGCUGCUGCUGGGCACGGCGCUGGUGCUGUACACCUGCUACUGCCUGGUGUGCGUGGUGCGCCGCCGCCGCCGCCGCCAGCAGGACGCCCUCAUCCAGCACGAGGAGAUCGCCGAGGACCUGCCUCCCAAGUACUCCCUGGUGGGCGAGCACGCGGAGGAUGCCAAGUCCGCCAAUGUCAAGGACCUGCCGCCGGCCUACAAUGCCAUUGUGGCCGACGGCGAGUUGCCUCCCAAGCUGGACGUGUAGACGUCUUUCGCUGGCAGCGUAGUGGACCGACAUCUAGCGGUUGUGAACGGCACCAACAGUUACUAGUCCUCUGGAGGUUCUGAGGACAGCACUUUAGCGUUGGAAGUGUGUUACGUCACCCUCCCCACUUGCUUAGUCAAAUUUUGCUGUGCUCUGAUGGCGAUGCUUUAAAUUAGCAGGUGCUGCUUUGUGAUCAAUAAGAAACGGUACAGGUGAACAGUGUAUGGGGUUGUGCAUACGGGCUAUAUCUGGUGUGUUGUGGAGUUGUGAGCAUUCCACCAAAUAGUGGUCGGUAUUUUUAUAUGUUGAGCCCAUGAUCUUUGCAGCCUUUGAGUUCGUUCGUUCGAUGUGGUUAAACACAGACCUCGUGGAUUAGUUGUCUUUAAGUGCAUUCUUUGAUUGCCGGUACGCAAAGUUUCGGUGUUUGCUGGCGAUCGGCAAGCUGGCUUGAUUUCGAAAAUAAACGAAAUUUUUGAGUGA